AUGCCCAAGACACGUCGGUUGUUGAACAAAGAGAUUACAUUAUCCGCUGCUCUAAACGAUGAGUCCAACAUACUCCAAAAAUUAACGUAUUGGGAGAAAAGAGACAGGCUCUACGACCAUGUUCUGCGUCAUUCUGAGUCAAUCCAGGCAAUAACUGCGCAUCAUCUGGGCUUAGGAAAUUCAUCAGCCUGUAUCAUUUCCAGGCCUCAGGAAUGGCUGCAUGGGAGUUUCAACCUUUGCGUCCCCAUGACGAUUGAAGACUGGAAAAAGCGUAUUAUGAUUCGAUUUCCUCUGUCUUACCGUGUCGGUGAAGAAGUCUGUCCCGGAAAUGGCGACGAAAAAAUCCGAUGUGAAGCUGCCACUUACGCUUGGCUGGAAGAAAACUGCCCAACGGUGCCUAUUCCGCAGCUUUACGGGUUUGGGUUGUCGACAGGACGGCAAUUCACAUGUGUCAGAAACCUCUCCUUCGUUUGUCGUUGGUACUACAACGUUCGCUGUGCAGUCCGGCGGUGGCUAGGAUAUGCAGUCCCCUCGCGAUAUGUCCCUCAUCAAACCAACGACCAUCAUCUGAAGGAGCUAGAUCUAGGGUACGUGCUCAUCGAAUAUAUCGAAGACGACCGUGGAAAAAUGCUCUCAACAACCUGGGACGAACAGCGGCACGACGCAGAGCGUCGAACCAAUCUGUUCCGCAGUUUGUCGAGGAUACUGUUGGAUAUCGCACGGAUAGAGUUGCCACGAAUCGGGUCAUUUACAAUCGAUGAUGAUGGUAUGUUGAGUCUUACGAAUCGGCCAUUGAAUGUUGAAAUCCAAGACUACGAAAAUCAAGGGAUUCCCACGGGUAUUCCGCGGGAUUAUACCUAUGCGACGACAGACUCAUAUGUGACGGACUUACUAUCGUUCCAUGAGAAUCGGUUGCGCUUUCAACCAAAUGGGGCAACGCACGAAGCUGACUGCGUGUAUCAGAUGUGCGCGCUUACUUUAAUGAGAGCUCUAUCCACUCAUUUCAUGCGGCGGGAUCUGCGCCGAGGCCCGUUUGUCCUGGACUUUACUGAUUUGCACAAAAGCAAUAUAUUUGUUGACGACCAGUGGAACAUCACUUGCCUAGUUGACCUUGAAUGGGCAUGCUCUCAUCCGAUUGAGAUGGUCCAGCCUCCCUGGUGGCUGACUGAUCGGUCCCUCGAUACUUUGAAAAGGGAGGAAUACGAUCCAAUACGAUCGGAGUUCAUGCAGGCGCUGAAGCUUGAAGAAGCGGAAUGUAUCAAGAUUCGGCGUGACAAUUUCCUAAAGGGACAAAAGCACAAUUCUUUGCAACUUUCGACCGUGAUGCAACAGUCAUGGGACAGUGGUACAUUUUUCUUCGUCUGGGCCGUUCAAAGUUGCUCGUGUUUGUGCGGCUUAUUUUACGAGCAUAUCCAGCCGCUGUUCGCUAAGAACCACCUGGAUGACGAUAACCCUUUUUUUACUAUCAUGAUGCGCUAUACAUCUACAAAUGUGAUGGGAUUCGCGGUCAUGAAGACUAAGGACAAGGAAGAUUAUGAUGAGCGUCUUCGAAAGGAAUUCGAGUCCUUGGAGGAAGAAGAUUAG